AGAGGCGGGGAGAGGGUUAUUCCAGGUUACUGGGAGCUAGCAGUAUGCUAGGACUAGCCACUGCCAGUGUGUGAGAGCGGUGCUGCUGAUUCAGGGAAUGACAUUUUUUCAUUGUUUGGAGAAAACUCCGCGGUCAUUCUUUGGAAUCUGGGGGAACGUUGGAUUGGCACCGACCCACACCUUGGAUUUGUCAAGAACGCCUGUGAGAGUCGUCGCUGGAACCGUCAGCCAAGAGGCUUGCGAGACUGAACUUCUAUAUUGACCCAACCCGUUAGUUUGCUAACAUUAGCGGUAGCCAAGCUAAUUAGAUAGCUAGUUUUCUACCAGAAAGGGGAGAGGUGCAUCACAUUUCAGCUGGUCGGUUUACAGUAGCAUCACUAGACAGUUGAUAUUUUCAAUCGGCGUGCAUUUCUUCCUGUAUACUUUUAAGUAUUUUGUAGCAAUUUUGGUAACAAGCUAACGUUACUUGUUUGAGACAUGCAGGUAUCGUUGGCUAAAGGUGGCUAGACAGCUUGUUAGCUUAGUCUGCAAAUCUGAGUUUUGUUUUUAAUUAGAAAAACAAUGCCGCUAAUGUCAUGUUGUUCAUAUAGCCUGUAUGAGUUAUUGUAGUGCCACAAUAUGACAAAGAAACUUGUUGCCAUCCAUAAAUAUAUAAUAAGCCGCGCUGUCUCAGAGCGCGUUGUCCAUGGUCUGGUGUUGGGUUUAGUCUGAGUGAAGACAAUCGUAACGUUACUGGCUAUCAUUUAUUGCUGGUCUCCUCAAGUACGUUAUGUUGGAUAGAAAGAUCCAAGUUUUAACAUGACGUCUUGCAAGUAAUUUGAAGAAAGUAGCGUGUUGGGUAACGUAAACAGAUAUUUUGUGUUGCCUAAUGGAACGUAUUUUACUUGGUAACGUUAACCCAAUACACCGAUAGCCUGGACUUGGGGUAACGUUGAUGCUAUAUUCAGAUCAUAGAAGUUAACAUUAUUUGUGUAAUAAUUUUACUGAACAUUUUACGAUUUUCAACUCGGGUGUUAGAAGCUCAGUUUUCGCUCUGUAACAUUAGGUGCGUCAACCUUUAUCAUUAUUGAUUUCAUUGAGUCCGUCGAGGACGGCAACUCAGCGGGAAUAUGCAAUGUGGUUGUGCUUCGAACCAUUUCAACUAACGCAAGCUGAAGCCAAAUACUGAGCUUUUUGGAAGGACAAUGGCUGCCAGACUUGGGGACAAUCUAUAUCUGGAUGGAUUCUAACGUGUCUUGGACCUGCAUAUAUUGGACUCAAUUAAAAGCAGCCUGUCAGCCGGUUUAAUUUCAGCCACAAUAGCACGGAAACACACAGUCGGUCACCAUGGGCGAGAGCAGCCUGAGCGACUCCAAUGUGAAGGUCGCUGUAAGGGUCCGACCUAUGAACAGGAGGGAAAAGGACCUGAACACAAAAUGUGUAGUGGACAUGGAGGGCAACCAGACGGUCCUGCAACCCGCCGGCACGAACCUGGGGAAAUCAGACAGCAGAGCUCAGCCAAAGGUCUUUGCCUAUGAUUACUGCUUCUGGUCGAUGGACGAGUCAGAAAAAGACAAAUUCGCUGGUCAAGAUGUGGUGUUUCAGUGCCUCGGUGAAAGCCUUCUGGACAAUGCCUUCCAGGGAUACAACGCCUGCAUCUUUGCCUACGGUCAGACAGGUUCGGGGAAGUCGUACACCAUGAUGGGCUCGGUGGACCAGCCUGGCCUGAUCCCACGGCUGUGCAGCACGCUGUUUGAGCGGACGCUGAAGGAGCAGCGUGAGGAGGAGAGCUUCACCGUGGAGGUGUCCUACAUGGAGAUCUACAACGAGAAGGUCCGAGACCUGCUCGACCCCAAAGGGAGUCGACAGGCCCUCAGAGUGAGGGAACACAAAGUGUUGGGGCCGUACGUGGAUGGGCUUUCUCGUCUUGCUGUAGCCAGUUACAAGGACAUCGAGUCCCUGAUGUCGGAGGGGAACAAAUCUCGCACGGUGGCCGCCACCAACAUGAACGAGGAGAGCAGUCGGUCCCACGCCGUGUUCAACAUCAUCCUCACACACACCCUCAAAGACCUCAAGUCAGGGACGAGUGGGGAGAAGGUGAGUAAGCUGAGUCUGGUGGAUCUGGCCGGGAGCGAGAGAGCCGCCAAGACGGGAGCUGCAGGAGAGCGACUAAAAGAAGGCAGCAACAUCAACAAGUCCCUGACCACACUGGGUCUGGUCAUCUCUGCGCUGGCAGACCAGGGAGGGAAGAACAAGACCAAGUUUGUUCCCUACAGAGACUCUGUACUUACAUGGCUGCUCAAGGAUAGUCUGGGUGGCAACAGUCGCACGGCGAUGGUUGCCACGGUGAGUCCGGCAGCAGACAACUACGACGAGACGCUGUCGACUCUUCGUUACGCCGACCGCGCCAAGAGCAUCGUCAACCACGCCGUGGUCAACGAGGACCCCAACGCACGCAUCAUACGAGAACUCCGAGAAGAGGUGGAGAAGCUCCGAGUCCAGCUCACCCAGGCUGAGUCCCUUAAAGCCCCGGAGCUGAAGGACAGGCUGGAGGAGUCGGAGAAGCAUCAGGAGAUGACCGUCACCUGGGAGGAGAAACUAAGAAAGACAGAAGAGAUCGCUCAGGAGCGUCAGCGUCCUGAGAGUCUGGGCAUCUCGCUGCAGUCCUCUGGUAUCCGCGUUGGAGAGGACAAGUGCUUCCUGGUCAACCUCAACGCUGACCCCGCCCUCAACGAGCUGCUUGUCUACUACCUGAAGGAGCACACUAAGGUGGGUUCGGCCGAUUCGCAGGACAUCCAGCUCUGUGGGAUGGGCAUCCAGGCGGAACACUGUGUCAUCAACAUCACGUCGGACGGAAGCGUGCUUCUCACACCCUACCGCAACUCGCGAACGUGUGUCAAUGGUUCCCCGGUAACCAGCCAGCAGCAGCUUCACCAUGGCGACCGCAUCCUGUGGGGCAACAACCACUUCUUCAGGAUAAACCUCCCUAAGCGCCGUUCGCGGGGCGAGGAGGAAGAGGGUGAGGGCAACAUGAAGACCAGCACCAGCAACGAGCAGCUGGACGGCGACGGCGACUCGGCCAGCGAGGUGUCCAGCGAGGUCAGCUUCAGUUACGAGUUCGCCCAGACCGAGGUCAUGAUGAAGGCGCUCAGCAGCAACGACCCCAUGCAGGCAGUGCUGCAGAGCCUGGAGCGUCAGCACGAGGAGGAGAAGCGGUCAGCGCUCGAGCGGCAGCGUCUCAUGUACGAGCAGGAGCUGCAGCAGCUGCGCAAGCGGCUGCACCCCGACCGACAGAGCACGGGCGGCUCGCAGACGCUCUCACAGGCGCCGCCCUCGCAGCACGCCCAGGGCGCGCAGUACCGCAGCUGGGAGCGCCUCAGCGUCGGGUCGACGUCCGCCAGCGCCCAGCAGAGGCUGCGACAGUGGAGCGAGGAGAGGGAGGCGGUGCUGACCCGGACCCUGCGUAAGCUACGAGAGCAGAUCGUCAAGGCCAACCUGCUGGUGCAGGAGGCCGGUUUCAUCGCCGAGGAGCUGGACAAGAAGACCGAGUACCGGGUCACUCUGCAGAUCCCCGCAGCUAACCUCAACGCCAACAGGAAGCGUGACGCGGUGCUGAGCGAGCCGGCCAUCCAGGUCCGGCGCAAGGGGAAGGGCAAGCAGAUCUGGGCCCUGGAGAAGAUGGAGAAUCGACUGGUGGACAUGAGGGAGCUCUACCAGGAGUGGAAGGACUACGACGACGACAACCCUGUGAUGCGCUCUUACCUGAGGCGGGCAGACCCCUUCUUUGACGAGCAGGAGAACCACAGUCUGAUCGGGGUGGCCAACGUCUUCCUGUCCUGUCUUUUCUACGACGUCAAACUGCAGUACGCUGUGCCCAUCAUCAACCAGAAGGGAGAGGUGGCGGGUCGUCUGCACGUGGAGGUGGUGCGUGUGGCGGGUGGUGUAGAUGAGAGCAUGGCGGGUGGAGACGACGGCGAUGGCAGCCCAGAGGGGGAAGUGCAGGAGAGGAAGCUUGUCUGCAUGAUUAAGAUCCUGCAGGCCACGGGUCUGCCCCAGUACCUGUCCAACUUUGUGUUCUGCCAGUACUCGUUCUGGGACCAGGCCGAGCCGGUCAUCGUGGCGCCCGAGGUCGACCCCUCCGCCUCCUCCCCCACCAGCAAAGACCCCCACUGCAUGGUGGUGUUCGACAGCUGCAAGGAACUGGCUGUGGCGGUGACGGAGGACUUCAUCGAGUACCUGACGGAGGGGGCGGUGGCCAUCGAGGUGUUCGGCCACAGGCAGGCACCGGACCCAGGCCGAAACCCCGCCCUCUGGGACCUCAGCAUCAUCCAGGCCAAGACGCGCACACUCAGAGACAGGUGGAGCGAGGUGACGCGUAAGCUGGAGAUGUGGGUGCAGGUUCUGGAGCUGAAUGAGGUUGGCGAGUACAUGCCCGUGGAGGUGAUCCCCGCCAGGGACGUCCGCACAGGGGGCAUCUUCCAGCUCCGACAGGGCCAGUCGCGGCGUAUCCAGGUGGAGGUGCGGUCUGUGCAGGACUCUGGCACCAUGCCGCUGAUUGUGGAGGCGGUGCUGGGCGUGUCUGUGGGGUGUGUGGAGAUACAACAGGCUCGGCUGCUCAAAGGCAACGACAACCAGCAGCCUGAAGGCGAUGAAAUGGACAGUUAUCAGGAGCGAGACCUGGAGCGGUUGAGGAGGCAGUGGCUAACUGCUCUCACGAAGAGGCAGGAGUACCUGGACCAGCACCUCCAGACACUGGUCAGCAAAGCUGAUAAGUCUGAGGAUGACAUGGAGCGGGAGGCUCAGCUGCUGGAGUGGCGUCUAACACUGACGGAGGAGAGAAAUGCAGUGAUGGUGCCCUCUGCUGGCAGCGGCAUACCAGGAGCACCGGCAGAGUGGGUGCCUGUUCCCGGGAUGGAGACGCACAUCCCCGUGCUCUUCCUGGAUCUGAGUGCGGAUGACUUCAGCUCCCAGGAGAACCUGGAGGCGCCGGACGCGGGCGGGUGGGACGCCAUGCUCAACGCAGAGGACGAGGACGACUUCUUCGACCUGCAGAUAGUCAAGCACUAUGACGACGAGGUGACCACAGUGCGUGCGGAGGCCUCGUGGGACUCCACGGUGCACGAGUGUCCACAGCUGAGUCGCGGGGCGUCCCCGGAACAGCGCGUCUACCUGACCAUCCGCGCCGUCGUCCAGCUCAGCCACCCCGCCGACAUGCAGCUGGUGCUGCGCAAGCGUGUGUGUGUCAACCUCAACGCACGGCAGCAGGGCUUUGCCCAGAACUUCCUGCGAAGGAUGUCGACGCGGAGCACCAUCCCGGGCUGUGGCGUGACGUUCGAGGUUGUGUCCAACAUUCCUGGGGAUGCCCAGGGCUCAGAGGACCGAGAGAUGCUCGCCCGCAUGGCUGCCAGCGCAGAGAACCCCAAAUCCUCCGACAACGAGGCGGCCAUCGAGAAGUACCUGCGUAGCGUUCUGGCCGUGGAGAACAUCCUGACUCUGGACAGGCUGCGGCAGGAGGUGGCAGUGAAGGAGCAUCUGGCCACUAAGGGCAAGGGGAGCAGAAGAAGCUUGAGCUCUCCUAGUGUGCACCGGCUGUCUGGAAGUAGACAGGACCUGAACUCCACGCUGGACGACAACAAGAACCGCUGGGAGAGCCAGCAGGACAUCUUUAUGACCUCCCCCCAGUUCAGCCGCACCCUCCCCAGAACCUCAUCUGCACACAGCCAGAACCAGAUGCAGAACCAGACCCAGAAUCAGAAUCAGAAUCAGGACUCUGAACAAGCAGGUCUCUUAGGGAUCGCUGCUUCUUUUCUCCCCCCAGUCAAGGCCGUGGUGCCUCAGAUGCCCAAGCUGCUCAAGUCCCUGUUUCCUGCCCGUGACGACAAGAAGGACCUGCGGCCGUCUCCCCACUCCCAGCAGCACACGCCCAGGAUCAUGAUGCAAACCAGUGGCAACUCGGACGAUGGCCGAGCCAGGCUAGAGCCGGUGACUGUCCAAGGCAGAAGCCCGGCCCCUGAGCGCCAGUCGGACAGCCCCAACGCGCUCCCCUCCUCCACGCAUGACCCUCAGCAUGACACCCCCCUCAGCCCCAUCAGCGAAGCCUCCAGCGGCUACUUCUCCAGCAGCGUCUCCACGGCGACGCUCAGCGAGGCGGCCGGCGCCGUCCCCGACGCCACCACCACUGACCCAGUAACCCCACCUCUCCUCCACCCCACCACCUCCUCCUCCUCCUCCUCCUCCUCUGUCGCCCACGUAGAAGCUUCCGGACUGAAGCCCCAGAGGACUGUGGGAGCGCAGGAGUCCGGUCCGGCCGAGCGCAACGGCGUGGCUCCUCUGCUCCGGCCGUCGGGUCAGAACAGCGCCGCGGUGCCUCAGCGGGUCCGCCAGUCGGAGCCCAUCCGACCAAUGAGAGGAGAGGACGCGCAGGAGGAAGUGGGGGGGAAAGGAGGAGGCGCUCUGGAGAAGCUGGAGAUCCUGUCGGACGAGGAGGCGGCUGGCCAGGGGGAGGUGGAGGUGCCCGUCUGGCUGAGAGUGGGCGAGGUGGUGUCGCUGGGCGGGGGGAAGACUGGCACCGUCCGAUACGUGGGCCAAGCCGACUUCUCCGAGGGCACCUGGGUCGGAGUGGAGCUCGACACGCCCGCAGGGAAGAACGACGGUUCUGUGGGCGGUCGGCAGUACUUCCGCUGUAGCCCAGGUUUCGGGGUUCUGGUGCGGCCGGACCGGGUGGCCCGUCGCGAGGGAGGCCGGAGGCACGCGGAGAACCGCGUCAGCGGAGAUUUCACCCGGAACGCAGUCCUGUCCCGGCCCAAGAUCGCCCCGGAGGCUGCUGCCCAGCGCAGAGAAAACCGCAAGUCGUGGAGCAGCUGAGAGCUGUGGGCCCCGUGCGGUCCAGUCCGGUCCGGUUCAGAUUGCGAGGAAGAGACCACUGAGACUCCCCAGCAACACCCCCCCCCCCCCUCCCCACCAAACCCUGACGUUGGUCAACUCUACAAAGCACCCACACCCCAUUAUAAAAAAAUAUAGUUUUUUUUUUAUCCUUAACAGACCCUUGUUGUCGUCCCAUCACUCUUGAGGUCGUGCCUGCUGCUGUCUCCUGAACUACUGUGCUGUGGUGGUCACCCCCCCACCCCCCCCUCGUCUUGUCAGCAGCGUCAGCAUCCUGCUCCCCUGGGAGCCGCACAGGCCGUCCUUGAGCUCCGCGCAGCGUCUGAAUAUCAAUGAAAAGCGGAGAGGAGCAGAGCGCUGCAGCGCGUCUCGUCUCGUCUCGUCUCGUCUCGUCUGGAGCUCUCCUUGAGUUUGACCGCUUUAGUAUCGCCCACAGAUCAGCUGCCUGAGCCUCGGCAAAUGGGGUUUGUCCUCUCCACUGGUGAAAUAUCACCCCCCUUCUCUCUCUCUCUCUCUCUCUCUCUCCCUCUCUUUCCCUCUCCCUCCCUCCCCCUCCCUCUCCCUCUCCCUCUCCCUCUCCCUCUCCCUCUCUCUCUCUCUCUCUCUCUCUCUCUCUCUCUCUCUCUCUCUCUCUCUCUCUUCCUCUCUCCCUCCAUCUCUCCCCCUCUCUCUCGGUGUCUCUACUGCUCGGUGGUCCGAGCUGCAGGGAGUGGACUUUGAUGUGGGUCUCUUUUGCGGACCCAUUUCCUUGAUGAUUAUGCAUGAUGUAUCCCCUUCUGAGAGAAGGCGGAUGGACCCAGAAUGUGCCUUUUCUGAAUCAGCGAUUUUUACUGCAGAUUUUUAAACUCCCAUUAAACUCCUCCACCCCAGCCAUCUUCUCCUCCGCACCACCCCGCCCCACCCCAUCUUGAGCGCGAGAAUGCCUUCUGAGACGGCCACCACUGCCGACUCGGGAGUGGAUCGGAACCUGGCCCUGGCCCUGGCCCGACCCCGGUGUCGGCUGGCUGGACGUCUGGGUUGUGUGUGUUCCGUAAGUGGUGAUCUCAGGGAGCUGUGAUGUCCGAGAGGUUGUGCAGAAAGGUGCAUGUUGUGACUCAAACCCAAAAACGGGUGACUCUGCCAUCACUGCACGUGUGAAGGUGCGAAUGCGGACGUGAGGAGAGUGGAUCACCGUUUAUUUGUGAGAAACAGAAGAAGUGAUUUGCACGGUGAUGAGGUUAAGUGGAGACAGGUGGACAAAUGUUAUCAUAGUUUUUAGAAAAUGGACAAAGGGGUGAAUCCCGUAUAAGAGAAAAGAAAUAGAAUAUAUAAAUAUAUAUAAAUAUUGCACAAGAGAGAAUACUGUCCUUUGGAUUGGAAUUGUGGGAGAUGUAGUUUUUUUUGGUGUUGUGCCAUUGGGACAGGUGGGUUAUCAGUACUGCAAGAGGACUACAGAAAAAUGCUGCUCACCCUGAGAAUAUCACCUCUGCAUGUGUGUGUAACAUGUCAUGCUCAUGACCCUCAUUCAGUGGUUGUGAUAUGGGAGUGUGUGUGUGUGUGUUGUGUUCACCACCAUUUUUGUUUGGAAGUGUCCUUCUGCAUGUAGAGACCUAGUCAAACAUGUUUUGAGAAAGCAGACAUGUGUUUGAGGUUUCAGACAUUUUAAAGCUUGUUCUAUGUUAUUGCAAUGCAUCUGAUUUCUGACGGAUUGUUAACCUGAGGCCUCUACAGGCAAAUCCCUAUCGGUUCAGAUGCUCAGCUGUUGGACAGAGAACCCUGAGUUACCACAGUAGCUUGGUGGUCCUAUGAAGGGUUCGACUCACAGGCCUGCAGUCUCCAUCUGAACCAGAGUGGUGUAGUGGAGGAAAUAAAACCAAGUGGGAACUUCUAUUUGUUUCAAACAUGUGGCCUAGUCUUCCACCAUAUGAGGAGCUUUCGUUGGAAUCACAUUCCAUUCAGAGCGUUCACGAGAAAGCUCAAUGUGGACCAACAAACUGCCUCAGCAACUGGCAAAAUCCCAAUUUGUUUUAGUUUUUUCUGGUCUUUGUUCUUGUCUAUUUUUGUUGUUCCUUAACACUGAUGCUCAUUCCAUUGAAACAAAGGCACAUUAUUGGAAAAGAUGAAGGAAAAAACGGCUUUUGUGCUCCAAGUGCAAGGACUUGCUUAGUAAAAUUCCAUUACUUUAUUUGUUUUUAAUGAUUUUGGGAUUUAUGAUGCAAUAUGAAAACUUUACUAAAAUAUAUUUUAAUGAUUGUAUUUGAACAGAUGUAUGAAAAAUGAAAAGCCCCUGUACUGAUGUCAUUUGCACAUGAUUUGUUGUUUAGCAUGAUUCCAAUUAAUAGCAUUUUUUAGCAAGAAAUUAACACGGACUGUUAUAUAAUUGUUUCAUGCUGUGAUUUGAGGAAAAGUAGAGCUAUUCUCCUUUUAAAAUGUCAGAAAAAAAAGAAAUCUUCAGAUGUGUGUCCAAGUUUCUGAUGCAUGUAAACUUCUCUUUUAUUUAUUUCCCCAUUUGCUGAUGUCAGUGUCAGCUGUUCUGUUCUUUUGAUGGUGUUGCCUGUUGUCUCUCCAGCUCUGGUAGAUAAUUCCUUUACUCCACACACACACACACACACACACACACUGCCUCAACAGACUAACAGGACUGAAGGUAGAUACUCUAGUUUAGGAGCAGGAGAGACAUUUAAUGUUUUGAUAGAAGCAGAUAGUCGGCCAUUGUUCUAUGUUGUUGGUGGUUGUCUAGGUAUUCUGUGCUCAGAGGAUAAUUGAGUGCGGUAUGUGGUAGCAUCACGUUUGAGUUGAAUGUGCCUCGCUCAUCCAGAGCUGAACAAACGCACAAACAGCCUCUGGUCUACUGAGAUCUCACACGAUGGGCAGAGCCCAGUCUAAAUCUUGAGCUUUUGCUUUAUGACCGUUUGUUUCCAUUUCGUGCAUCACAAAAAGAAAAAACAAACAGAAGUGUUCAUCUGCACUUAAAACUCAGAUCUGGUUUGGAACUCAUUCUUAGUUCCAGUAUGGUGGUGCCUUUUGAAAUACUUUUUAUUUUUAUUUUAUCUUAUUUUUUUUAGUAUUAUUAUGUUUCCAAAAUCCUCCUUGGACUCACACACUACCCGCUGUCCUGUGCAGUAAUCCCCGGGGACCAGUCUUUCCUGUCCUGUGCAGUAACUCUGAGGGUCCGGCCGUCCCUUUGCCCUGUGGUCAGGCGGUGGUUUGGUCCCUCAGUGCUUUAGUAGCUAACCCGGUGCUCUGUAAGGUGUAAUGGCCACCCGUGCUGUGCUGUCUCUCUGGCCUUUACACCCUCGCGUUACCUCAGAGGACCCUUACACUGAGAGCCCAGCCGCCUCCUGUAGGUUAGCAGCAGGACACGGCCAUGUCUUAUACUACAGACAGUACUGACACACACACACACACACACACACUCACUCACUCACUCACUGCUGACAAAACUCCACACACAUUAACUGACUGACUAACACGCAGUGAUUUCUUUGAUGUUACAUUGACAGAGGUUAUUCGAUACUGUGCUCCACACUUCUCCAGGAAGCUGACACUACAGCCAUACACAUACAGUGACCCCAGCCCCCCACCCCUACGCUUGCAUGGAGAAGUGCAAUUUGCCCUCCUCGUGUGCAUCUUUGACCUGUUACACUGCUGUGUAACAGUGUGGACAAGUUCACAGUGAAUGAAAAAUGUACAGUACUGUGUUGACUAUAUCAUGUUUUGUAAACCCCCAUACACACACACACACACACACAGGACCAGAGCAAUAUCAAUAUCAGAAGCAAGCACAGAAGUGGCCUUUCCCAAAUCGGUUCCGUUCCAGCGACUCCAGCUGCACCAUCUGGGCUCUGCGCCGACACGUCAGCGGCUGUGUUCCUUCACCGUGGAGACGACUGGCGACAGGCCACGAGGGUUCCAAUAAAAGGAUAAAAGAAGGACGGAAAGGAAGGAUUUUUUUUCUUGCUCUUUGCACAACUAGUCUGACGGGAGCCUUUAACUCAGACACUGACUCUCACACGGACUGCACUCUAACCCUGACACCUGUCUAUCUGUCGCUCGGUGUGAUGUGAUGUGACGUGGGGGUCGUCUUGCGUCGCGUCCCGCUGGCCUCUCUUUAUCUCUGACCAGCGCGCCACUCCCUCGCUGCCCUGGGUCCCAGGUCCCAAUACCAGAUCAAUAAUCACUUCCUCAAGUUGUCCGAUCACGUGCUGCAAAUGUGUUUGGUGUGUAUUUUUGGGUGUUUUAUGUGAGUGUGUAUGUGCGUGUGUUGUUUUUUUUCUCCCCCAAUGUACAGUCGUAUAUGAAGACUCGAAUCCUGAGCACAAGUGUUUGAUUUUUAAUUUAAUUAUUUGUAAUUCUACGCUGAUAUCCAAAGAAUAAUCAUGUAUAAUAAUUCAUUUAUAAUUUUCUUUUAUAUUGACUGUACAAUAAUCUCUCUGUAAAGGAAAAUAAAGAAGUGCAUUGAUUUACAAAUCA